AAUGAGUUCCGAUCGAUUGAAUGGCGCGCAUUAAUUGUGACGUAGUACACACUUCCGGUAAUAGUUAUUGAAGGAGAUAAGCCGUACAGGUCUAAACAUUUUACUCUCAAAACCAAAGCAAGCAAGUAAACAAGAACAGACAUGGCCAGCCGUUAUCUCACCCGUAUAUCCUCCAGAUUUGGAGCACAGAUGAAACCAUGGCGGACAUCAAAUGUGACAUUUGCUGUCUUUCAGCGGUGUACACAAAAUAACAUCUCUGUCACAGCACCCAAAUGUUUGUCUACAACACCCGCCAGAAUGUGUAUAGUGCAGACCAAGUUUGAGGCUUUCAAUGUUCAGGAUACAGAAGACUACAAGAAGAGAGUGAUGGAAAGUGAUAUCCCAGUUGUUGUUGACUUCCAUGCUUCGUGGUGUGGUCCAUGUAAGCUGUUAGGCCCACGCUUAGAAUCUCUCAUCUCAAGUAAAGGAGGAAAGGUUGCCCUAGCAAAAGUGGAUGUGGAUGAAAACACAGACUUGGCCAUUGAAUAUGGGGUUAACAGUGUACCUACGGUCCUUGGAGUAAAAGAUGGACAAGUUCUGGAUAAAUUUAUCGGACUACAAGAGGAUGAUGUACUAAAUACAUUUAUUGAGAAGUUGAUCUGCUGAGUGGUCAGGGCAAUGUAAGGAGAGAUUGAGCUAACAUAUAACAUGGACAAUAACUGGGAAGUUGUUCCCUGAGAGGUCUGAGGAGUGUAAGGAGAGAUUGAGCUCACAUGUAACAUCGACAAUAACUGGGAUGUUGUUCCCUGAGAGGUCUGAGGAGUGUAAGGAGAGAUUGAGCUCACAUGUAAUAUCGACAAGAACUGGAAAAUUUGAUCCCAAAAUUACAGAAAUUAUGUGAGACUUUACUUGAAAUUGCAAAAAAAAUGAAUUUUAACCAAGACUUUUUUAAACACAAACUUUUCUUAGGUACUUGUAAGCAAUAUAUGACUUGAGACCUUCUAUGUAGAUCUAUAAAAUUAUUUUGGAUUUGUAUUUUGUGCAAAAAAAGAAGAAGGUUUUUGCUUCAGCAUUAGAAUUUUCAUUUGUGUUGUGAGGAACAACUUUUCCAAGUAUCCAAUUUUGUUUAUAAAAUAUAUUUCCAAUAAUUUUUGUUCAAACGAGAGUAUUAUUUUCGCUUCAUUUAUGAGCAUCUGUCCAUGGCCAGUCUGCAUCAUUUUCUGGAUAACUUUAAAAAGAUUUAAUAGUUCAGUGUUUUUCUGGGGACUUUUUGGUGCCGAUAAUGGGCCCCAUUCGCAAUUGAAAUUGUUUCCCAUUUACACCUAAUUACAAAAAUUUGCAGUUUACUCCUUAAAGAUUUCUUCUCGUGCGGUAUAUUUUCUUUCCAAAAUAAGACAAAAAGGCCCCAUCCCAAAUUAACAAAAAUAAAAUACUGGGGUAAUACUUUUGUCAAUUUCAUUAGAAUAGUAAAGGUGUGUAAGUGUUAAGUUAUUUAUGAAAUCAUAUAUUGGGCAUUAAAAUCAUGUUGUCACAAAGAUGUUGUAUGGACUUUUACAAACUCAUUGUGAUAAUAAACAUGAGAAGUGCUAUUUUGACAAAUGAUUACUGUUUAUUGAAUAAUACUUAACGUGACUGCAGUUUGAUUUGUGUUACCUUCAUAGUU